CCUUGACACUGUGAACGUCGGGCGUGUUGAACGUCUGCAAUCCAACAGAACUCGCGCAACUCUCACAAGUCUCAGCACAGAGUGGAUGUGGGUUUGCUUACGGUCCCGGACUGCGUGCGGAUUUUGUCAGCCCAACCGAACCGAACCGGGGAGGAAAAGGAACCGGAGCACGAGUCAAGUCUGUUACCGAUGGGCCGCUGUGACCGGUGAUGGCCGCGUGAUGGCGUCAGGAGAUGGCGCUGGCGAUGGUGGUCAUGGCGACGCUAGAUGCUAACACGGCGGUGGAAACGCUUCUGGCCGCCAUCCAUUUGGAGAGGUACCACGCCUCCUUCCAGAGAGCCGGGCUCCUAUUGGCCGCCGAUGUGGCCCACUUGGAUCACGACGCGCUGGUCAGCCUGGGAAUCACGGCCACCGGACAUCGCAAACGGAUCCUGAGACUUCUAUCGCAAGUCCAGAGGCGGUUAGCUCAGGGAGCCAAUCAGAGAGCGGCGCCUGAGCGACACCAUUCCGCGACGGACCUGCCCUCGUCUUCUCCGCCCCCAUCGUCGCACACGACCUACGGCUUGGAAGCGUUUAGGAACUACUCAGCUCCGGAUCUGUCCGCCAUGCUGAAGCCGGUGCCCAAACCCAGAACGGUUUUUAACCGGAGGCGCACUGCGCCGGUUCACUUUCACCCCCCUGCGCCUGACGUCGUCCUGUCGCCGCACAGGAGACUCUCCCAAGAGUCCGUCUGCUUUCCGCUUUUAGACGGCAUCAACUCACCUUUGUCCGAGUCGACGCCCGUCGGCAGAUCGGGCGUUUCCCUGCCGCCCGUUCCCCCGAGGGUCGUCCGUCCGGUUCCGCCCCCGUUGCCCUCUCCUCCCACACAAGCGCACGACAACCGACCGCGCCCCGCUUCCUCUUCACCUACGUCUCUUGGUUGCCAUGACGAUGGCAGGACGUCCUUAUCCUCGCGGUGGUCCGGCUCGAGCAGGAUGGAGAUGAUCUCCAAUGACAUCUACUGGGGCACCGUGGGGUCUGCCCCUCCGACGCCGCCUCGACACGCAGCUGACAAGAACCGUAGGGAGCAGAGAAACAGUGGCGGCACUUCAAGCAACAACUCGUCAGAAUCGGUCCGAGACGACCCUGUCGACCUUGACGACGUCAUCAGUCCCUACUGUGAAACUCUUUUCCAAAGAGGCGGAGUCAACACGUUUGGCAGCGAAAUCGACAUCAGACGAGACGGCGAAAGCAGGAGGCGGGAGGGGGAAUUUGCCGAGCACCAUGGGUGCGCCCCAGACGGCGACGAGGACCAGACCAUCUCGCCGUACGCCAGCUACACCUCCCUCAGCGACAGGGCCGCCACGCCCGUCAUCAGUGGAUGGCUGGACAAGCUGUCGCCGCAGGGGAACUACGUUUUCCAGAAGCGCUUCGUCAAGUUUGACGGCAAAAAUCUCAUGUAUUUUGGAAACGAGAAGGACGCGUACCCCAAAGGAGUUGUCCCGUUGGCUGCCAUCCAGAUGGCCCGCCCCUCCAAAGACAACAAAUUUGAAAUUGUGACAAGUCAGCGGAUUUUUGUUUUUAAGGCCGAUAACGAAGUGCUGAGGCGCCGUUGGGUGUCCACGCUGCAGGACCACGUCCGAGACCAGCUGGUAUUCGGGCGGCGCUGGUUGGGUCCCGGUCCCCACUGUCAGAAACACGGCUUCCUGGAGCUGAAAGGAACCAAGUCGAAAGUUUACGUCGCUCUCAACACAGAGCAGAUUUGGCUCCACAAAAGCCAGCAGUGUUUUCGUACCGGGAUCGGCAUCACGGUGAUCGAGGCCCGCGGCGCCACGAUCCGAGAUGGGAAAAACAAGAGUUUCGACCUCAUCACUCCCUACAGAACUUUCAGCUUCACGGCCGACUCGGACCGGGAGAAGCGGGACUGGAUGGAGGCGCUGCAGGAGGCCAUCGCCGAGACCCUGUCGGAUUACGAGGUGGCGGAGAAGAUCUGGUCCAACCGCUCCAACCGCACGUGUGCCGAUUGCCAGGCCGUCAACCCCGACUGGGCUUCCAUCAACUUGUGUGUGGUCAUCUGCAAGAAUUGUGCCGGUCAGCACAGAGGUUUGGGCACCAUGGUUUCCAAAGUCCAGAGUCUGAAACUGGACACCAGCGUGUGGAGCAACCAGAUUGUGCAACUCUUCAUCAUGCUGGGUAACGAUCGCGCCAACGAGUUCUGGGCCGCCCACUUGUCCCAGUCCGACGAGCUGGACUGCGACGCGUCGCCGAGUCAGCGGCGAGAUUUCAUCGGUCAGAAGUACCGGGAAGGACGCUUCCGACUGGCCCAUCCCGCUUUCAGCAGCCAGGAACAGCUGCUCAAGGUUCUGUGUUCGGCGGUCUCUGAGCACACACUCCUCAAAACUGUCACUCAUAUCUUCUCUGAGGCCCGAUCCAUUUACCUGACAGCCACAGCACACGGACAGCAACCAACAAGAGAUCUACCUGAUCACUACCCCGCAUCGGGUCAGACUUGUCCUACUACUAAUACUACUACAAUGCAGUGUUGUAGAACAGAGAUGGCCAAUAGAACUUCCUAUGGUCUGGUCCCAGAUCCAGGCGUCUACGACGAGAUCAUGAAGACCAUCCUUCAUUCGGGCUACCUUUUCAAAUCCAAUUGCACCAGCAGAGGGACGCUGUCUCGCCGUUCUCGAGAAGACUUUCAGAAGUUCUGGUGCUCGGUGGAUCAGUCGCUGUUCCUGUACCAGACGUCGCGAUCGGCAGAGCCGUGCGUGGAGUUCAACCUGAAGGACGUCGUGUGUUUGGGAGUGGGCCGACCCGACUCGUCCAACAGCAGCAACAACAACAACGGCUUUGUGGACAGGUUCCGGUACACCUUUGAGUUAUAUUUAACCUCGGACAAAGUCCAUCAGUUUGGUGUGGAGACGGCCGAGGUUCUGCACACCUGGACCAGUGCCAUCGGGAAGGCCGCGACGCCGCUCAGCUGUCACUGCCUGCUGACCCGGGAGUUUGAACGCAUCGGACGCUUGCAGUACCGAGCCAUGUUGGACCCUCAGCAGUGGAAGGAGGCCUACUUUGUCCUGCAGAAGUCCAACCUCUUCAUCUGUCCGCAAAACGACGGCGCCGCAGAAGACAUCAUCAACCUCAAGCGUCUCCAGGAGCUGAGUGUCGCUUCGGAAGGCCAGAGCCACGAGAAGAAAGAAAUUCUGGUUUUGGUGGAGAAGGGCAGGACGUUCCACUUGCGGGGCGUGGGCCGCACCGACUUCAGCUUGUGGUAUUCGGACAUCCAGCGGGCCGGCGGCGGGAAAGGAAACGCUCUGCGAGAGCAGCAGCUGAGCAGGAACGACAUCCCCAUAAUUGUGGACAGCUGCAUCGCCUUCAUCACGCAGUACGGUCUGAGCCACGAAGGGAUCUACCGCAAGAACGGAGCCAAGUCCAGGAUCAAACUGCUCAUGGAGCAGUUCCGGAAAGAUGCUCGCAACGUGAAACUGCGCAUCGGAGACCACUUUAUCGAGGACGUGACCGACGUCCUCAAGCGCUUCUUCAGGGAGAUCGACGACCCCGUCUUCAUGGCCGACCUCCACCCGCUGUGGCAGGAAGCCGCCAAAACCCAGUUGAAGGUUUCCAGGUUAGAGCGCUACAAGGAGAUCAUCCGGACCCUUCCACGGGUCAACCGGAUGACCCUGGCUGCCCUGGUGAGCCACCUCUAUAGGGUCCAGAAAUGCGCCGACCUGAACCAGAUGUGCACCAAGAACCUGUCGCUGCUCUUUGCUCCCAGCCUCUUCCAAACGGACGGCAAAGGAGAGCACGAAGUGAAGAUCAUGGAAGAUCUCAUUGACAACUACUUGUAUGUUUUUGACAUCGAUGAAGAGCACCAGAAUCAGAUGGAGUUGGAGAUCAGUCUCAUCACUUCCUGGAAGGACACUCAAUUGUCUCAGGCGGGAGAUCUGAUCAUCGAGGUCUACCUGGAGACGAAGAUGCCCGACAGCUGCAUCACCCUUAAAGUGUCGCCCAGCAUGUGUGCAGAGGAGCUGACCAAUCAGGUUCUCUAUAUGAGGAACGUCCCACCUGGUGACAAAGAUGUCUGGAUGACAUUUGAGGUUAUCGAGGAUGGAGAGCUGGAGCGUCCGUUGCAUCCCAAAGAGAAAGUUCUGGAGCAGGCGCUGCAGUGGUGCAAGAUGGACGACCCCAGCUCCGCCUAUUUUGUGGCGAAGAGGGUCCCGAAACGGGACGGCAUCGACAUCCUCACCUCCUACAAGAGCGACCUGACGAAGGUCGGCGUGCUGAGGUGUCGCGAGGAGACCCCCAAACUGCUUCAGGGAAACAAAUUCCAGGAGAGAAGCUUCCAGAUCAAGAACAACAAACUACUGUUGCUCAAAGACAAGAAGAGCUUCAAAGCGGAGAAGGAGUGGCCGCUGAAGACCAUGAAGGUCUACAUGGGGGUCCGCAGGAAACUCAAAGCGCCAACAAGAUGGGGCUUCACCGUGAUGUCACACAAAAAUCAACUGUUCCUUUGUUGCCAGAGUGAGGCCGACUUGUGGGACUGGGUGGGCAGCUUCCUCAAAGCUCAGAACGACGAGCCGGGCCCUCCCGUCCUGCGCCGCCACUCUUCGUCCGACAUCGCCAAGCAGAAGUUCGGCACGAUGCCGCUGGUGCCCAUUCGAGGAGAUGACAGCAACCAUGGCAUGCUCUCGGCCAAUCAGACACUAAGGAAACUUCACGACCGCAGGACGCUCUCCAUGUACUUUCCCAUGAAGGUCCAGCAGGACAGCGCCGAGGAGCGUUCUGAUUCGCCGGAGCCGCUCUACGAGGAGGUGGGCGACUUUGGGCUGCAGGUGCUCAAAUCCCUGGAAAACAGCUUCCUGUCCAGCGGCGACGGCCACAAGCAGGAGCCCCGGGACACGCCGGAGGUCCGGCCGCUUCCGGCCCCUCGCGGAGUCGCCGACGCGCAAACGGCGUCUUGCCCGCAGGCCGGCUGCACGCCGUCUCAAGAGCUCCUGCUGCAGGAAAUGACGUCGGCGUUCGCGAGGAACGCCGACCAAAAUGAAGGGGAGGAGCAACGAGAGGAGGAGCUCAGAGUCAUUUGACUGACACCAGAAACAUAUCAACGGCUGUGAUGGCAGAAGGUGGCCAGCAGAGGGCAUUGCUGCACUCUUAAUGUACACGACCUGUGGAAUGUGAGGCACACACACACACACACUCAUCAUGGGGACUGUUUUGGAUGAAGGCAACAUUGUCUGUCAGAAGUUGACACUUCAUAAAUUGCAUAAUAAAUGUUGCGGCUGUCGAACUCA